AUGCUCGCGAGACGUCGAACCCCGAGAGGUGAGUCCGACCCACUCAGGCUCGCGUGCGCGUGUGAUAACUCCGGUACCGUCGUUCUUUUUUAUAAAUACGUCGCUCUGAGCGAUCCGGUGUCGACGGCGCGGAAGAUUUUGGAUGAGUCUGCCAAGGGCGCACACAGCAGUGUCAAGGGAAAGAUUCGAAUCGCUCGCGAGGGAAUCAACGCCACGUUCGCGGCGUCGAAGAAGGACGACGUUGAGGCGUUCAUCGAAUUCCUGGAAAGUUUACCCGAGUUGACGUGCUUGCGAGGGACGGACUACAAACGUGAGCCGGCGUGCUCGCACGCGUUCGGGACGCUGAGCGUUCGGGUGACGGAGGAGCUCUGUCCGUUCGGUGAGCCGGAUCUCUCGACGACUGUCGACAGUGAGAUAGAAAUCACGAGUCUGACGCCGAGCGAGUGGGACGCGGCGCUCCGAGAGAGGAAUGACGAGGAGUCCACGGUGCUCGAUGUGAGAAACUUUUAUGAGUCACGCGUCGGGCACUUCGACGGGUCCGUCCUGGCGCCCAUUCGUCGGUUCAGCCAAUUGAAAGAAUGGCUCGCCAGAGAUGAUGCGCUCGAUAACGUGGCCGGGCGUGACGUGUACAUCUUUUGUACCGGCGGCGUGCGUUGCGAAAAAGCUGCGACGUAUCUAUGCAGUAAGCUUCCGGCGGAUCGUCGGCCGCGAAGCGUUCGCAAGCUCGAGGGCGGAAUCGUCGCCUACGCGAGAGAUUUCGCGUCCUCCGAGGACUGUUUGUUCAAGGGAUCAAACUACGUCUUUGACGCGCGAGGGAGCGUUUCGGUGAGUGACGAUUUGCCGUCGACGUCCCGUUGCGACGGAUGUGACGAGCAAAGCGGACGACUGUCGAAGUGUGUUGGGCGUAAUUGCCACGUCGUUCUCAUCGCGUGUGAGACAUGCGGCGACACCGUGUAUUGCUGCGAGAGCUGCCGCGAACAGACAGAGCGCGCGGUGGGGAUCGAAAAGUUCAAGCGUCGCUCGUGCGAAUGCGACUGCUUUGAGAGUCGCAUUCGACGGUGUCGUACUUCGGAGGCGCAGAUAGCAUAG